AGUAUUUGAAUUUUUGGUAAAGACCUAAAGAGAUAUCCGACGAAGCUCCGGCGAACCCCAGCUUCUACUCCGAGCGACCCUUCUUUCGACUCUUCUUACGCCGCCCCUGGAUCUCACCCCUCGUUUCUUAAGCUCCAACAAUCUCCACCAUUACUCAAGGAGAUGACUUCUACAAGCGGUGCGAAGAUCUCAAUGUUUGGUGGUGCCAAGACUGGAUUUGUUAUCCCUAAGAACAAAUUAUCUGGAUCAUUGAUCCCGAUUUUUCAACGUGGCACUACUAAUAAGACCCUAGAAGGUGCUGAUAAAGAUAGUGGACUUCACUUGAAGCUGGGGAAGAGAAAGACUAAAUGGGGUCCUGACUUGUCACAAGACAUUGGAGUCAAGAAAGCUCGAGUUUUAGCUUACCAGAAACGCCUGGAUCAGAUUACACAGCGACUGGCUUCGGGAACUCUUGAAGUGGAGACUAAUAGAGAAUCAGCUUUAGCUUCACAGAACACCAAUGAUAUCAGUAUUGCUGAACAGCUGGAUUUUGAGAAGCGCGAAGCAAUCGGGGAGAUACUCGAGCUGAACCCGAGGUACAAGGCUCCACGUGAUUAUAAGCCAUUGCUAAAAGAAGCUAGAUUGCCGAUUGAUGUUAAAGAACAUUCUGAUUUCAGCUUUCUAAGUAUCAUAUUUGGUUCCCAAGGUGAUACUCAAAAGCGGCUCGAAAAAGAGACGGGAGCCAAAGUACAAAUUUUUGGUACUAAAACAGGAGGAGAGAAGGUUGAACUCUCUCCUUCACAUGAAAAUGAGAUCCAGACGCCCUGGCAAACGUUGUAUUUUCAGAUAUCAUCUGACACUUACGAAAAAGUGGAUGCAGCAAUUGCUGUAAUUGAGCUACUUAUGUCUUCAGUUUCUGGAAACACGGCAGCUGGUGCUGCUCCUUCAUCUUCCAGAUCUGAAGAUAUUUCAACUACUCCAGCCUUGACCUCCGAACAGCCAACUGAUAGCUCUUUACAACCUCCUGAAAGCCAACUCCAACAGCAUGGUUCUUCCUUUCCUUGGGCUUCAAAUCAAGCUCCAUUUCAUCCACCUCUUAUACCCUCUGCUUCAGGUCAUGGUUAUAGUAUCCAGGAGCAAGAACUGCCAUCCAAUUCUAUGAACCUGAAUCCUCUUUCUGCUCAACAAUCAUAUCCAGUUCCUCAUGACACAUCAUUACCUCCUGGUUCCCACAUGCCUCGACCGCCAGAUUCGUUCGCUUUUAACCUUUCCAACACACCAAGGGCCUAUUCUGUGAAUGCGCCUCCAUAUGCUGGCAGUCAGAUACAACCAAUAGGACCACAUUCUACUAUGAGGCCAUCAACCCUAUUUACUUUCCAACCUGUACAUAGACCAACUUUGUUGCCAGACAUAGUCUCAAGCAACAUGGCCCAAUCAGUACGGCCUCUGGCUCCUAACUUUAGUCCACAUCCGGUAGCUCAUCAGCAAGGUACUGAACCACCAUCAAUUCCCUUUCCCACAAGUAUAAAUCUGAAACAUCUAGCAGAAUAUGGUUCUGGUGGUUCUAUGCGUCCUAUGUCAGUGUCAGCACAUAUUACUGGCAGGCCUGCUGGUCUUGCUCCUACUUAUCCUCCCCUAGAUCGUCCCAUAAAUACAGCUCCUAGACCAUUUUCCGGAGAUUUUGGUUUUCUACCACAACAGCGAAACGUUGUGUCCACACCACAUAUAUCUCCUAGACCCAACUCUCAAUCAGCUCAUCUCCCUCAUCUGUCAUUUCAAGCCCCGUCCGUCACUCUAAACCCUCGACAUCUUGAGCAAAAUUUCACAAGAUUACAGCACUUCGACAGGCAGAUGGAACAACCCUUGAGCCAUCCAUCUACGCCAUUUCAUGGUAACGCGAGAUCUUCCAACUUGCAGAACUUUGGACCACCAUCGUCUCAUCAGAUGAUGCCGAGGAACUUCCCUGGAGCUCAAUUCCCGCAGCAUUCUACUCAUUUCCCUCCAAGACCAGUCUUUCAUCAUGAUAACCUAGUACCGCGUGGCCAGCCACAGAUUCGCCACCGGUUCAACUCUGGAGUCCAUCAAGUGUAUGACCCGUUUUCACCCGGUGAUGUUUAAUUCAGUAGUAUGUGAAGGAUAGGACAUUGUAUGUUAUUUUCCGAACAGAAAUUCCGAAACGUAUGUUCACGUUCAUACUUAAUUUCAGGAGACACAUGAUUUUCUUUUGUUGUUGUAUUGAAUGUAAAAUUCGUUCGAAGUCC